AUGCCUUCACCUGAUGAUGUAAACGAUCAAAUUAAUGGCGAGGGCCAAAAAAAAUCACAUGAUAAUUACUUUGCUAAAAAUUUUGACGAGUGCAUGAAAAGACUUCAUAUUUUGGAAAAAGAGCACGAACUAGUUGAAACGAACGACAAUAAAGUACAAUUAUUUUACAUUUUUGACGAAUCGAAAACCGACGAGGAAAAACCUUUAAACAGGUUAUCGUCAUCGUCAUCGUCAACACCAAAAAUAAUAGAAAACGACGUUAAUAACAAAAACAAUGACACGAGUCAGCAGCCUGGGAACAAAAAUUUGAAGACAAACCAAGUCUUGGGAGUUAAAUCCGAGUUCGAGGAACAUUCCGUCAACAGUUGCGAUUCGAAUGUUAUAGAAAACGGUAGCUCGUGCUCUACCAUCAAACCAGGUGAAAACGAAACCGCCGACAACAUUUCAAAUGAAAAUGCAGAUAAAAUUGCUAAAAACAAUAAAGAAAUAAUAUCCGAGUGGUAUUCGAAUUUAAAACAACGUUUUGAACCGAACGAAAAGAAUAAUAAGAAGGAAAAUGCCAAAGAAAUGUCUUGCCGCAUAAUGGGUGCAACGUUGAAAAAUUCAAACGAUCCUCCGAAUUCAGAUGAACACGAAGCUAACACUCGACAUUAUUUUAACACCUUAGUGAAACCGAAUAAACUAUUGAUAGACGAAGAACUUCCGGAUCCCGACACGGUGAGAAACAUUCGUGCCAAAUUUCAAGAAAAUUUAAAUGCCACUCUUGACAGAAAGCUUAACGGCAAACUUAGCGGAAGCAUGAAUAACAUUAGCUACAGAAAACCGGAAAAUAGGCACGUACCAAGGCCUCUGUCGAUACAAUGCGAUAGAGACGAUGUCAUGAGACACAUAAAUGGUAACUUGGGUCAUACGACAAAAAGAUUUUCUGGAAAUCAAAUGGAAUUUUCCGAAUCGAUAAAAGAUUCUGAAAAUGAACAAUCGAGUCCAAUUAUAAAAAAGAAAUUUAUCGAUAAAUAUGAAAAAUCGCCAAAAAAUUAUUUAAGUAACAAAGUGUUUCAUUCGAAAUGGACGGAUACAGGAAGUGUGUCAUCCGGAGUCAGCAGUGAUCUCAGCAGUUAUGAUAUGGAUUUAGAAAACUAUUCUAAAGAAGCAAACGAAACAGAGCCGGAUUUUGCCACUGUAUCAGAUGAUGAUUUAUUAAACGAAAUAAAAGAUAAACAUUACGUGCAAAAUGAGAUACUUGAAAAAAUCAGGUCAUUCGGAACUUCUGUCACGUAUUACGGUGGAGAAAUGUUAACAUGCUCCAUUGGACCACUUCUUAGUCCCACAGCUCAGGCUAUUAUGGAAGAAAUAUCGGAAAAAUACGAAAAAGAAUCCAAUAUUUCUUUAUCGUUUGCGGAUAUUUAUAGUAAAUACGUAGAGGCAAACGAACAAAAUAAAACGAAAAAAGUUGGAAGAACGAGAAGUUUCGGUCAUACGGAUAUGUUUCAAAGACCAAACGUUUUAAAUAACAGAGAAAUAGAUAUGUAUAAAUAUGAUUUAGAGGUUGAAAUUGGAAUAAGAAAACCGAAAGGGCUUUACGUGAUAAAUCCCAAAAAGAGUAAAAUUCGCAAUAAUACUGAAAACAAAACGUUACAAGAAGUCGUUGAUUGUCCCCCUUCGACAGUUCUAACGGACGAUGCGAAGGGAAAAAAAUACGAGACACCUCUUUCCAUACAGGUAGACAACAAUGAUAACGUCGAAAAAACCGACUCUGAAGUAAACAAAAAACGUUUUCAACAACCGAGCCUUCAAAUAAUUGUCGGUAACAAUCAGCAAAAUUACGACGAGGAAAAAUAUAACGAAUCUCCGACGAUUCGAAAAAAUUCAGAAGAAAUAAUUAAAAUGCGAUUAGAAAAUGCCAAGAAUGCACUUUUCCAAAGAUCCGUUUCCGUUCCACAUCAUAUAAUGAACGUAACAUCCCGUUUCGAACCCGAAGAAAAGAAAAAAGGAAUUUUAUUCGGGUACGAUAAAAAAUUAUUAGACGAAAAUAAAAAAAAUAAUAAUUGUGAUAUCGUGUUUGAAGAAUUUGAAAUUUCCGAAAAUUUUUCCGACAAAUCGGAUGAAUUAAAAUCGUCGACGGGUAAAAAAUAUUCAAAAGACGACAUGUCAAUAUUAAAAGAAACGAAUAAAAAAUUUCAUUUCGAAGAAGAAGAAGAAAAUAAUAAUAAUAAUAUUGAGUUGAAGAAAAUCGGUGAAGAAACCGUAGCCGAUAUCGAAAAUCGAAUGACCGCCAUUGACGAAAACUCAUCGGAUGUCGUCAAUAAAAAUGAUAAUAAUAAUAAUAAUAAUAACUACCAAAGAAAAUCAAACGGUGAUAUUUUCAUCGCGAAUGAAUCGAUAACAGGUAAAAAAUAUGACGAUAAUGAUAAAAUAAAAGAAACCGAAACAGUGGAAGAAAAUAAUAAUAAUAUAAUAGCAGAAAGGCCAUUCGAAUCGAGAAUAUUGGUGGACAAAAGACAACCGUAA